GGAAGGGGGAGCGGCGGCGUUGCGGGCGUUGCAGCCGGUGCCGGACUAUGGUGCGCCUCGGCCGGGGCUGACAGGCAGGCGGCCCCCGGCGCACGGGCGGCGAGAGCUGCCGGGGGAGCAUGAGCUGCGCCCAGGCCGGCAUCCUCCAGGUGAAAAUAGAAAGAGAAUUUGACAAGAAAUUACAGCAACUGUCAUAUCUUGUUGUGUCCCACCGUCUUCUGCAAAUCUUCUUACUUAAAGGAAUUGAUGCGCGUACAAUUGGCGGGUCAUUAUGCUGCUCCACCUGUGUAGUGUUAAGAAUCUGUACCAAAACAGGUUCCUGGGCCUGGCAGCCAUGGCGUCUCCAUCAAGGAACUCACAAAAUCGGCGCCGGUGCAAAGAGCCCCUCAGAUACAGCUAUAACCCUGACCAGUUCCAUAACAUGGACAUCAGGAACAAUUCCCACGAGACGGUCACUAUUCCUAGGUCUACCAGUGACACGGACCUUGUCACUUCAGACAGCCGAUCUACCCUGAUGGUCAGCAGCUCCUACUAUUCCAUCGGGCACUCACAGGACCUAGUGAUAUACUGGGAUAUAAAGGAGGAAGUGGAUGCAGGGGACUGGAUUGGCAUGUAUCUCAUUGAUGAAGUUUUGUCCGAAAACUUUUUGGACUACAAGAACCGUGGUGUCAAUGGCUCUCAUCGUGGUCAGAUUGUCUGGAAGAUUGAUGCUAGUUCUUACUUUGUGGAGCCUGAAACAAAGAUCUGCUUCAAGUACUAUCAUGGCGUGAGCGGGGCACUACGAGCCACAACUCCAAGUGUCACAGUGAAAAACAACGCAGCUCCCCAGAUUUUUAAAAGCAUCACCAAUGAAGAUUCAAUCCAGGGACAGGGAAGUCGGAGACUGAUAAGCUUUUCAUUGUCAGAUUUCCAGGCUUUUGGUCUGAAGAAAGGAAUGUUCUUCAAUCCAGAUCCUUACUUGAAGAUUUCCAUCCAGCCUGGAAAACAUAGCAUCUUUCCAGCGCUUCCUCAUCAUGGACAGGAGAAAAGAUCGAAGAUCAUUUGUAAUACGGUUAACCCAAUCUGGCAAGGAGAGCAAUUCAGCUUUGUCUCCCUGCCCACGGAUGUCCUGGAAAUAGAAGUUAAGGACAAAUUUGCGAAGAGCCGACCAAUCAUCAAGCGUUUCCUGGGAAAACUCUCUAUGCCAGUUCAGCGCCUCUUGGAAAGACAUGCCAUAGGGGACAGGGUUGUAAGCUACACUCUUGGUCGCAGGCUUCCUACAGAUCAUGUCAGUGGCCAGCUGCAGUUCCGAUUUGAGAUAACUUCUUCUAUCCAUCCAGAUGAUGAAGAGGUCUCCAUUAGUGCAGAUCCUGAGCCAGCUGACCUCCAGGAAAGCCCUGUGAACAACCCCGCAGAGGAAAGCCUCGGUGAGCCUCCAUGCAUCAACACGGUGACCUCAGAAAACACAGCUCCAGAAGAGCUAAAUGGAUACAGUGUGAACAGUAUGGAUAGCCCAGGGGCUGUCAAACCACCUGGGGAAGUCAACCAGAACAACGUUAAGGAAGAGCUAGCAGGAGAUGGGGAGGUUGAUACGGUGCCAGUUCCUGAGCCCUUGGAAUCCAUCCCAGGAGAAGUGCUGCCUUCUUUGAGUGCCACGGACCUCACGGAGCAACUGGCUCUGCUGGCUUGCAUGUCUCCUCCUGAGACUGAAGCUAGGGAAACCCACAAAGUCAAUUCUGGUUCUCAGGAAGAUGGAGUCUUGAAUAGCAUAGAAUCUUUAGAUGUCAAUGAGGUGAGUGCAGAUGUGCAAGCUGGCAAGGAUCUACAGAAGAGUCAGGAAGAAGGAGCUUCAGCCCGGGAGGAGGAAGACAGCAAGCUCCAGCUGAGGACCACAGCAAAGAGGAAAACCAGACCAUGCUCCUUGCCUGUGUCUGAACUUGAGACAGUUAUAGCUUCAGCUUGUGGUGAGCCAGAGACCCCUCGCACACAUUAUAUACGGAUCCACAACCUGCUCCACAGCCUGCCCUCAGCACAGAUGAGCAGCGAUGGGGAAGAAGAGCAAGAUGGUGGCAAUGGUGGGGAGAACGAUGAAGAGUCCACAGUCAAGGAGGCAUUGGAUAAGGAGGUGGUCAGUGAGAGUGAGACAAUGGCAGCAGAGCCUCCUCUGGAAAAUGAGGUCGAAGAGAACUUCAGCCAAUGCACGGUGCCUCCCAGGACCUUGGACGAGCAACUCUCUGACUUAAAUGAUGGGCUGUUGGAUGGGGAACACCCCAGGACAGGAAGCGAGAGCGAGUCGAGCUCCAGGCCCAAUGGCGACAACGAAUGUGAGGCGUGCGACACUUCCUGCUACAGCCCCUCCUGCUAUAGCACCUCCUGCUACAGCACCUCCUGCUACAGCACCUCUUGCUACAGCACCUCCUGCUAUGACAGUAACAAUCGCUUCUCCAGCCAUACCCGCUUCUCCUCUGUCGACAGUGCAAAGAUUUCUGAGAGCACGGUCUUUUCCUCACAAGAUGAUGAGGAGGAGGAGAACAGUGCUUUUGAGUCAGUGCCAGAUUCAGUACAGAGCCCUGAGCUGGACAGGGAGCAAGUGGAUGGCUCCUCCCAGUGGCCAGAUGAACUAGUAGCUCAUGGUGGGAAUCCACAAAGAGCCACAGAAAGUCUAGACACCCCAAUAGCAGGUCCAAGCAGCAGAAGAGAAGGUGAUUGUCCUUUACUCCAUAAUUCUCAGCCAGUCAGCCAGCUUCCUUCUCUGAGGCCUGACCAUCAUCACUACCCAACUAUCGAUGAGCCUCUUCCACCAAAUUGGGAAGCUCGGAUAGACAGCCACGGGAGAGUAUUCUAUGUCGAUCACGUCAACCGAACCACCACGUGGCAGCGCCCCACAGCCGCAGCAACACCAGAUGGGAUCCACAGGUCUGGCUCUAUCCAGCAAAUGGAGCAGCUGAACCGGCGAUAUCAAAAUAUCCAGCGAACUAUUGCAACGGAGCGGACUGAAGAUGAUGGUGUAGUAAACAGGGUGGAGAGAGUUCCCACUGGAGGAGGAAGUGACUCUGAGGCAGAGCCUUCCCAACCAAGCUCAGAGAUUAGGAGGGAAGGUUCACUUUCUCCUGUGAAUUCCCAAAAAAUCACCUUACUGCUGCAGUCUCCAGCUGUGAAGUUUAUCACCAAUCCCGAGUUCUUCACUGUGCUGCAUGCAAACUAUAGUGCCUAUCGAGUCUUUACUAACAGUACCUGCUUGAAGCAUAUGAUUCUGAAGAUACGUAGAGAUGCUCGUAAUUUUGAGCGCUAUCAGCACAACAGAGACCUGGUAAAUUUUAUAAAUAUGUUUGCUGACACCCGACUAGAACUUCCUCGUGGCUGGGAGAUAAAAACUGACCAGCAGGGCAAGUCUUUCUUCGUUGACCACAACAGCCGUGCUACCACUUUCAUAGAUCCCAGGAUCCCACUGCAGAACGGUCGUCUCCCUAAUCACCUGACUCACAGGCAACAUCUUCAGCGACUUCGUAGCUACAGUGCUGGAGAGGCCUCUGAAGUCUCUCGGAACAGAGGAGUUACUCUGUUGGCCAGACCAGGCAAUAGUCUUGUAACAGCUAUCCGAAACCAGCAUCAUCAUGAGACAUUACCUCUGGCUUACAAUGACAAGAUUGUUGCAUUUCUACGCCAACCCAACAUUUUUGAGAUGCUGCAGGAGCGUCAGCCCAGCUUGGCCAGAAACCAUGCACUCAGGGAGAAGAUCCAUUAUAUUCGGACAGAGGGUACACAUGGGCUUGAAAAGUUGUCUUGUGAUGCAGAUUUAGUAAUUCUGCUGAGCCUUUUUGAGGAAGAUAUUAUGUCCUACAUACCACUGCAGGCCGCUUUCCAUCCUGGUUACAGUUUCUCUCCUCGCUGUUCACCCUGCUCAUCACCCCAAAAUUCUCCAGGACUCCAGCGAGCAAGUGCAAGAGCACCAUCUCCAUACAGGAGGGAUUUUGAAGCCAAGCUACGCAAUUUCUAUCGAAAACUUGAAGCCAAAGGAUAUGGGCAAGGUCCAGGUAAAAUUAAGUUAAUUAUACGGCGUGACCACUUGCUGGAAGGCACCUUCAACCAGGUAAUGGCAUAUUCACGCAAGGAGCUCCAGCGGAACAAACUCUACGUCACGUUUGUUGGCGAGGAAGGGCUGGACUACAGUGGCCCCUCACGAGAAUUCUUCUUCCUUCUGUCUCAGGAGCUCUUCAAUCCCUAUUAUGGGCUGUUUGAGUAUUCAGCCAAUGACACUUAUACUGUACAGAUCAGCCCCAUGUCUGCCUUUGUUGAAAAUCACCUAGAAUGGUUCAGGUUCAGUGGUCGUAUUCUUGGCCUGGCGCUCAUUCAUCAGUACCUUCUUGAUGCUUUCUUCACAAGGCCGUUCUACAAAGCACUGCUAAGGCUGCCGUGUGAUUUAAGUGACUUAGAGUACCUGGAUGAAGAGUUCCAUCAGAGCUUGCAGUGGAUGAAGGAUAAUAACAUCACCGAUAUCCUGGAUCUCACCUUCACAGUGAACGAGGAGGUGUUUGGACAGGUGACAGAGAGAGAGUUGAAAUCUGGAGGGGCAAAUACAGCAGUGACAGAAAAGAACAAAAAAGAGUACAUUGAGAGAAUGGUUAAGUGGCGAGUGGAACGAGGAGUGGUUCAGCAAACAGAGGCCCUGGUCCGUGGCUUCUACGAAGUUGUAGACUCCAGGCUUGUCUCUGUUUUUGAUGCCAGAGAACUGGAGCUGGUUAUAGCUGGCACUGCAGAAAUAGAUCUCAAUGACUGGCGUAACAACACAGAAUAUCGUGGAGGUUACCACGAUGGACACAUAGUAAUACGAUGGUUCUGGGCAGCAGUAGAGAGAUUUAACAAUGAGCAGAGACUCCGGUUGUUGCAGUUUGUCACUGGAACAUCAAGUGUGCCAUACGAGGGCUUUGCAGCUCUCCGAGGGAGCAAUGGACUUCGUCGCUUCUGUAUAGAGAAGUGGGGAAAAAUAACCUCCCUCCCAAGGGCACACACGUGUUUCAACCGUUUGGAUCUUCCACCUUACCCCUCAUAUUCUAUGCUGUAUGAAAAGCUGUUGACAGCUGUUGAAGAAACUAGCACCUUUGGACUUGAAUGAGGGGGUUCAGGCACUUCUGGUGUUUCUCUGGCUGUUGAUGUCAUCUUUCCUCUCCAACAUCAUUUGAUCUUGGUUUCCCAUGUUUUUAUUUUUGAAAACAAAAAAAAAUCAAGAUUGACAAAAGCUGUGCAUGAAGAACUGCCACUCUCUAAGAUCUAACCUUCAUGCUUUCAUCCUGUUUCCAAUGGACUGCUAGUCUGUAUGCAAUAGAAAAACAACUGUCUCAAGGUUUCUGUAUAUCUCUACAUACCUCCAUUAAUAACAAUGAAAAUACAAAUGCAAGUUACACUACACUUGACCAAAUGUUAAUAAAUGUUUACUUCCACCUACGUUGAUUAAAAAAUAAAAAAAAAAACUCAUCAAGCAUUCCAAGCUUUUAUAUGCCCACAUCUGCUAAAUCAAUCCACAGCCCAUCUUACUUCUUAACAGUUGAAUCCAGUACUAGGAGCUGGUCAAAUACAUCUUCAUCCAUCCUUGUUUUCCCUGUACAUAUUGUCCAUCUGAGAGACACCUAUGAACAAAACUGAAUUUUUUAUAUACGAACUCAUGAUCCACAUCAGUUGCAUCAGCUGGAACUGGCCCAGAUUCAUGGUGCAGAUAAGACCUUCAAAAACUAAAAAACAAAAACAAAAAACCUGUAAUGCAAUGCAAAGCAUAACAGCGAUUGUUACGAUUGUUCCUUGCCAGUACUGGAGAGAACUUGCACUUCAGAGAUAUUGGGAGGGGCAUCUCUAUUGUUAUGUUUACCACACAAGAAGCACAAGAUUGUGCACUCUAAAGAAGGAUCUCUUAUUAUGUAGCAUAAAGACAAGGCUCCCUUACCUUAGUAUCGUAUAUGACAAGGCAAAGGGGAAAUAAGAAGAAUGUUCUAAUCUUAUGAAUACCCGUGGAUUCUGUUUACCAGAUCUUUGUUUUCUGAUGUUUAAAAUGCUCCUUUCCAAAUGAGAAGUCUAGACAAUCCCAUCCCCUGUGUCAGAAGCCAUUUAUUUUCUGUCAGACUGGGCUAAUCUAUGGUUGCUGGUGGUGGUUUUCAGUUAUGUCAUUUUUCUUUUCUUGUUCAGUGCAAAUCUCCAUAACCUCAAGAGUGGCUGAAGACAGAAGGUUUUAGUCUAGGGUCUAUGGAAUGAGAAGCUGCAGUGAAUGGGGGUGCUUGUCAGGGAUGAAGGGGACUGUAACUCUCAUACUGUGAAAAAUUUGUUGUACUUCCUCCUAGAGUAAGCCCAGAGGCCCUCCAGCCGUGUUAGGUACUACUAAACUUAAGAUGGAUCUCGUAUCACUUCAGGCAGAACCCUCUUCAAUUUGACGUACUUUGCAUUCCAACUCUGAAACCAGGGAACGAAAAGAAAACAGCAGGCUUGUCUUUGGAUGGCGUUUGCUGUGGUUAUUACAGUCUCACUGCUCUGAUUGUGUUCUACUUAUUAAUAUUUGCCGCCCUUGUUUUCCAAGACUAAUCUCAGAUUGAAAGUGUUUGUCUUAACUGGGAAAAGGAAGUAAGAAGUAUCUUUACUUCUGACGCCAAACACAUUAAAGGAUCCGUGAAAUAGGAAGUGAGAGACAUGUAAAGGGUGAGUGAAGGUAAGUGAUAAGGUAACAUCAUAAUGUCUAGCAGCUCACAUGAAAAACCACACCUCCGUGGGUGUUGUUACUGUUGUGUGUUAGCUGUGAUUCAGAAAACUGUAAAUCAGGAGAUCAAUUCAAUGUCUGACACAUCUUAUUCCCAGAAGUUUUAGCUCCAGAGGAAAGAACUGGACCCUGCUUUCCCACUUAUUUAUUUAUAUAUUUAUUUAUUAUUGUUAUUAUUAUUAUUAUUACUUUAAUGGUGGCUAUACAGAAACUCAUUGCACUUGAAAAACUUCAUUCUGUAUUUUAGAUCAUUCUCCUGCUUUGAUUCUUAGUUCAGUAGCUAUCUGAAAGUGAUGGACCCAAAAAUAUGUUUCUAAGCAGAAACAAUAGCUUUUAUUAAUGAUAUAUAGAAUAUCUGGGAUAUCUAAAUUGGCCCAUUCGUUCUAUUUCUGUAACAUUUCAGCCAGUUUUAUAGCAAUUAAUUGUAUGGCUUUUACCAAGGACCUAUUUUAUAGUCUGUGUUAUUAUUCAUGCUGAGUACUCAUAUUACAGUUGUGUACAGAGAUCUCAACUACAGACCAGCUUCAUUGUACCAGACACCAAAAAAAUGCUUGUUCUUUCCACAAACUAACUCUCGGGCAUCGAUUCUACAUGUCCAGUCAGCCCCACUGCACAGUAGACAGAAAUCUUUUUUUCUGAGAAGAUCUGUCAUGUGCACAUGAACUACAUCAGUGUCAGUCAAACCUUGAGAGAGUGAACCAAAUCUUCUAGCGUACGUAAUUUCUGCCUCUUCACCACCAGGCCCCCAAAUCCAGUGAGGGGUGUCUGGUUCCUGUUUUAUUCCUGGUAAUGUUAAUGUUACAAAGUUAUCUGCACUCUGUCAAGUGUUGGAUUUCUUCCAGCCCUAGAAGAACAGACAGAGAAGUAUCCAAGUGGUUGGUCCCUGUUUGGCCAAAGAAAACAGUGUAUCAAGAGCUGUCUCAUUAACACAGUUAAAAGCAGUAAAAAUAAUAAUAAUAAUAAAAUAAUAAUUUUUUUAAAAAAAAAGUUCAAUCUUUACAAUGUUGUAUAAUUAAAUUUUUAAAGUAUUUAAAAACUCUAUUUUGUUAAGAAAAGGUGAAACUAUUUUUUGUAGCUUAAUAAAAGAUAUUUGUAUUUCAGAGACAGCAUCAAAACCCACUGACUGAAAGAAGGAAGGCUUUCUCCUGAAAUUCUUCUUCAUGACAUGCUCUGGCACUCACCACACACCGAGAGCUAGAUGGGGUGGCAUGCAUCGCCACAUCUGGCUAAUGCCAUCUCAAGCAACUUGCACAUUCCUGCUCUAGGAAACAUACAGCAUAGCCAGCUACUUCCCAUCAAAAUCCUUGGUCCAAAGCUUUCCUUCAAGCACACAAGCUAGGAGUAAUGUUAAAAGGUUCUUUUUGCAGGUGUCUGAUGACAUUAAAGUAACAAGAUCAUGCAGAUGCCCUUGCAGGUUAUUUUGGAUCUUACACCAGGAAUAGAGGAAGACAGUCAAUUAUUUCAUAAAGAGAAAGAAAAUGCCAUGCAACUCUCUGCCUUUCUUGUGUUGUAUCAUCCCAGUUUUAUCCCCGUCUUCCCAAACUCCCUGCCCCAGUAAGUUUUCAAGCACUGACAUCACUUCCAGGAUAUCCAGCUCGCCACCUCACAGUGCAUUCUUCCAUCCAUUGUAUUCAUACCGGGGGCUGAAUCCAGUCCCAGUCUGGAAUGAAGAGGAAGCUGUGCAUGCAGGUGGCACUGUAAUGUUGGAGUAAGUGAGAGAGAAUGAUGCUAACAGGCGCCGGGAGGAACCUGCCUCCCUUGCCCUGUUAUUUAACCUGCCCAUUAUGUAAUUAAUUGCCUUUGUUGUUAUUACUGCUUACGCAAGGCAUAUAGCCUUCCUUGUUCACCUUUCAAUCCAAACGUUGUUGCUCGUAUGUGUGUUCUCUCCAGGUCUGUAUUUUCAUUUGUAAAACGCAGACUGUUAACGACAGAAUUUCUGUUUUCAUUUUUUUUCUCACAGGAAAGACUUUAAGAUUUUCCAUAGUGCAGACUAACACUGAAAUACGUGAGCAAUGAGCAUUCAAAGCAAUCUGUUCAUCUCCUUCACCUCUGUUAUAUUUACACACGGUGUUGGCUAGAUAAAGAUAUGACACCAACAUCAGUGGAUUUUAAAAGGGAAUAGGCAAUCCGACAGCUUUCCUGAAUCGCGGUCUUUGAUAGGAGCAAUUAAUAUUGGUAAUUUGUAUGUUUGGUUUCAGAGGGCUGUUACUUUUCUCAAAGGGAUGGUUGUGAUGGUAUUAAUGGUGAGGGAACAAAGGAAUAUUGCUGUUGAUGAAAUCCUGAUGCCAUAUGGGCAUUAAGCUGAAGAUAAGAGAAUAAAAAUGAGUAAUUUAAGGUCUUCCGCCUUGAAGUAGUCACACUGACUGUUCAAGCACAUACGCUAUGCAGGAUGUGAUCCAGUACAAACAACCAUACCUUCCUGUUGACUGCAUCAGGUCUAAACCUUACAAAUGUCACUUGGGUCUGCAGUGCAUUACAUGAGCACUCAAUUUCGAUCAUGUGGCUGUGCAUAUUCAGAACUUGACUUUUAUGUUCUAGGGAGAUCCAUGGCUAUGACAAGGCAAGGUGUAAGUGAUCCAAACUACAUCUAACAGAGAAAUCGGGAGUUUUUUACAGGUCUGACACAGAGGACAUUUUUCACCCAGUUUGCUCAAGUGCCCGUGAACUUUCCGAUUAACUGUAGCUAAGGUUUGAGUUCAUGUUCUAGCCUGAGGGACAACCAAGGGGAGGAAGUUGGUUUUGCGUUUUGUUGUCCUAGGUUCACUGUAGCAGGGAGUUGACAUACCUCUAGCUCAAAACAGUCGGAUACUGAAUUUGGAAAUCAGUUAAGAAAUAAACUAAAAUACCUACGCACAGUGAAGGAGCUAAACUCAUCCUUCGCUAUUAAUCUUGUGAUAGUCUGUUGAAUUCCAGAAGUAUUAAUUUGACUGGAGAUAUGUUUAAUUUCUAUUGAAAUAAUAAUAAUUUGCCCUGUCUCCACAGUAGUAUUAGUAGGACUUCCCAGUCAAGAUUGAACACUUUCAGUCAAAUGCAGACCAACAGAUCUUUCUACAAUAAAUGCGGUGCUUUUUUAUUAUAAUACUUGCUGUACCUCAGUGUUUGUUAUUUAAAAAAACUGUCUGCAAUAUACUAAAUCUGGGAUAGGUUUUCCAGUUAUCACAAGGUCCAACAGAUUGGUUUGUUACUUUCUCUCUAGUGAGUCAUGUAGUUCCUUUGUUCUAGUAGCAAAACAGAUGCCUGUAGAUGGUAGAUACUAGGUAUAGUAAAUAUUGUACCAUUAGCCAAAUUCCCUGCAGCUUCCAAUUUCUCUAACAGAAAUGUCUGUUAUGUUUUUGUUAAAGACUACAUCAAGUCAAUGGCAGGAAUGGUCCUCAUUAUUGGACUGAUUUUGCUUAUAUUGACAGAAAAAUGUCACAUGAUAUUCAGGCUGUGCUUUCUAUUCAACCAUAUCACUAUACAGGAAUGUCAAUAAAAUCACUUUGUUAUGGCA